GUGUGGCUGAUGAUCAACUCAGUCUGUGAAUAAUUAUCUGACUAUACAGAGCUGUCACCACUUCAACCAGCUAAGAAAACUCCAAGAGCUGAAGAUAUGACACUCCUUUUACUUCUGAUCAUGAUCUAUGGCCUGGAUGCUGACGAAUUUUAUUAUGAAAGUGGGAAUAUAACACUGGCAAAUAACACACGGACAUUGGAGAUGACAAUCUCAUUGGAAUCUGGACACAACAUUACUGUUCAUGACACUGCAAAAAAAAUACUUUGUAACUCAACAACCAAUUCAUGUUAUAUUGAGUGCUCCUUUAACGAUUUCUUUGAAGACCAAAACUUUACCGCACCGAAAAAAUUUGACAUAUGUGCAAAGAAAAAUAAGAAUAACACUAGAGUUGAAUUCAGCAUAAAAAACAAUGCAUCACUGUGUAAAGAAAAAACGAUUUCACUGUGUACUGUGGUGGAUUGCUUGCCUGUCGAAAUAAGAAAGCUCUUGAACGAGAAAGAUCAACAAAUGAAAAUCCCAAAAGACCUGAGAAACCUUCUCAGUAUGAAAAAAAUGUGCCAAGAUGUGAUCUUUAAUGAAACUAUGGUGAAUACCUACAUUGGAGUGGAGAAGAAAGCCAUACAUGGUGUUAUAAAUAUGACUGUUCCUGAGCAAUCCAAGACGUAUUAUCAUGAGGAUCUUUCCAUGACUGUGGUUAAGAUGAAUUUGAGCAUGACAGAAGAGUAUGCACAAAUCCAUGCUCCACGUGUAUUAGAUAAUGAUGAAGUGGCUGAGAUGUGGAUCCCGUUGAAGCCUUUCCAAAACCAAUCGGAAAACAAAAUUGGUGUAGUUACCUACAAUGCAGAUGAGCACUUUAAGCUUAACCUGGGAAAUAAAGAUGUUAUCUCGAAAAUCAUACGGAUUGAAUUCCCUGGACCUGACACUAACAAAUUGACUGAUCGACUUAAAAUUCAGUUCAGAAUUAAAACCAUAGACAAAUCUGUAAGUGUAACUUGA